UGUCGUUUUGGCGCCGAAUAUUCCAAGUAGUCUGUAAUUCCGCAGCCCGCGAGUUUGUGUGUUUUUUUGUGCGUGAAUGUGGGAGCUGUGCUAUUAUUAACCUGUUAGUCCUAAUUUAGUGUAAAGUGAAGGAAUAGUUUGAAGACAAAAUGCAGCGGAGCAUUGCAUCCUUCUUUCAGCCCAAAGGCAAAGACAGUCAGAAGAAAACGGCUGCUGAACCUCUGACAAAGACCGUCAAAAGUCCUCUCAAGGUGCAGAACGGCGUCCAGGAAGCUGAGUCACCCAUCAAGAAGGUCGCCAAACGCAGCCGUCAGAUUCUGGACAGCGACGACGACGAGGCGCCGGUCGUUAAAGAACAAGUCGCCACAAAGGGCCAAGGAGCCAAAGAGGCUGUCGGUAAAACAGAAAAGAAGGACGAUGUGUUCAAGGCCGUUCCCACCCCCAUGUCUCCUCCACCCGCUCCGGCCGCUCCAGCCACCCCUGUGACCCCUGCCGCUCCGGCCACCCCUGUGACCCCUGCCACUCCGGCCACCCCGGCCUCUUCAGCUUCACCCGGGACCCCCAGCACCCCAAACUCCAUCUCACCCUCUGGGAUUGUGAAACGCAAGACAGCCAGGAAGAUGUUCCCCAAGAGGAAGCUCGACGAGAGCCGGAGGGAGAGUCAGAAGGACGACGCCGAGGUCAAGGAGGAGCAGGGUCAGCAAAACAAACGACCCCGUGUGGACAGCGGUGACAAGAGUGCAGGGAACGCCGCUGAACCCAUGGAGGAGGGAGCAAAGGAAGAAGGAGUUGAAACGGCGGUGACAGAGGCUAACAGCCCAGAUGAGGAGGUGGAGAAGAAGAAGAAGAAGAAGAAGAAGAAAAAAGAGGAAGAAGAGAAGGCCGAGGAGGCGGAGCGGGCUGAGAGACAGAGCUCUGAUGAGGAGGAAGAGAAAGCCGAGGGGGCGGUGAAGAAAAAUGAAGCAAAGCAGAAGACAGAUGAUGAGAGAGGGCCCGCAGACGCCAAGAGGGAGGUGGUUGAAAAGGACACACCAGAAGGAGAAGAGAGCCCGAAAAGUCAAACAGGCAGAAAACAGAAAGCGGCGAAAGAGCAAAAAGAUAAGGAGCCGCUCAAGAAAUCCCCCAUCAGCAGUUUCUUUGCUCCAAGAAAAGCAGCAACAAAGACGGAGAAAUCAGAGAAGAGUGAAGGAGAGAAGAAGACAAGUGCAGAGAGGAAGACUUCAGCGGAGGAGAGCAAAGAGACUAAAGGCGAGUCGGCCUCGGGACAAACAGACUACGAUCCGUCCAGAUCCAACUACCAUCCUGUGGAUCACGCCUGCUGGAAGCAGGGCCAAAAAGUACCGUACUUGGCGGUGGCGCGCACCUUUGAGAAGAUUGAAGAGGACUCUGGCAGGCUGAGAAACAUCGAGACUCUGUCGAACCUGCUUCGCUCCGUGCUGCUGCUCUCUCCAGAUGACCUGCUGUGCUGUGUGUACCUGUGUCUGAACCAGCUGGGUCCUGCCUACCUGGGGAUGGAGCUUGGCAUUGGAGAGACGGUGCUGAUGAAAGCUGUUGCUCAAGCAACUGGGCGACAAUUGGACAAAAUCAAGGCGGAGGCGCAGGAGAAGGGAGAUUUGGGUCUCGUGGCCGAGAGUUCCCGUAGCAACCAGCGCAUGAUGUUCCAACCGGCCAGUCUGACAGCAGGGGGCGUGUUUAGGAAAUUGAAGGAAAUUGCCAGCAUGAGUGGGAACUCGGCCAUGAAUAAGAAAAUCGACAUCAUCAAAGGCCUCUUUGUGGCAUGCCGCUUUUCCGAGGCCCGCUACAUCGUCAGGUCCCUGGCUGGGAAGCUGAGAAUAGGACUGGCCGAGCAGAGCAUCCUUUCAGCAUUGAGCCAGGCUGUGUGCCUGACGCCCCCUGGACAAGAUUUUCCUCCCGCUGUGAUUGACGCUGGGAAGGGGAUGAGCGCCGAGAGCAGGCGGGCUUGGAUCGAAGCGAAGAGUCUCAUUCUCAAACAGACUUACUGCGAGAUGCCCAAUUACGACGUCCUCAUCCCAGUUCUUCUGACAGAGGGCAUAGACGAGCUGCCCAAUCACUGCAAGCUCACUCCAGGAGUACCGCUGAGGCCCAUGUUGGCUCACCCCACCAAGGGUGUCGGCGAGGUGAUGAAGAGGUUUGACGAGGCAGCGUUCACCUGCGAGUACAAAUACGACGGAGAGCGUGCACAGAUUCACAUCCUGGAGAGUGGUGAGGUUCGAAUAUUCAGCCGCAACCAGGAAGACAACACCAGCAAAUACCCCGAUAUCAUCGCUCGCAUCCCCAAGAUGAAGAAGGACUCUGUGGUAUCCUGCGUUCUGGACUCGGAGGCGGUGGCCUGGGAUCGUGAAAAGAAGCAGAUCCAGCCCUUCCAGGUCCUCACCACGCGCAAGAGAAAGGACGUGGAUGCCUCAGAGAUCAAAGUCCAAGUGUGCGUGUACGCCUUCGACCUCCUCUAUCUCAACGGCGAGUCCUUGGUGCGACAGCCGUUGUGUCGGCGUCGGGAGUUGCUGAGAGAAAGCUUCUCAGAAGUGGAGGGAGAGUUCGUGUUCGCCCGAUACAUCGACUCCGACAACACUGAGACCAUCGCAGAGUUCCUGGAGCAGUCCGUUCGAGACUCCUGUGAAGGCCUCAUGGUGAAGACUCUGGAGAAGGACGCCACCUAUGAAAUAGCCAAACGCUCUCACAACUGGCUCAAGCUGAAGAAGGACUACCUGGAAGGCGUUGGCGACACGGUGGACCUGUGUGUGAUCGGCGCUUACAUGGGAAAAGGAAAGAGGACGGGCACCUACGGGGGCUUCCUGUUGGCCUGCUACGACGAGGAGAACGAGGAGUUCCAGUCCGUCUGCAAGAUCGGGACAGGCUUCAAGGAUGAAGAUCUGGAGCAGCAUUACAAGUUCUUAAAGGAGCACAUUCUGCCAAAACCUCGCGCCUACUACCGGGUGGACCAAUCAGCAGAGCCCGAAGUGUGGCUGGAUGCCGUGCAGGUUUGGGAGGUGAAGUGCGCCGACCUGUCGCUGUCGCCGGUCUACAAGGCUGCCAUGGGAUUGGUGGAUCCAGUGAAGGGCAUUUCUCUGAGAUUCCCUCGCUUCCUUCGGAUCAGAGACGACAAGAAGCCCGAGGACGCUACAUCUGGAUCUCAGAUUGCUGAUCUGUACAAGAAGCAGCAGCAGAUCCAGAAUCAGGGGGAGAAAGUCGACCCCGAGGACUUCUACUGAUCGCCUGUAGUCAUCAGAAAAGUAAUGAUGACUAAUUUGCAAUUUUGAGAUAAUUGUACAUAGCUUCUUUCUAUUUGUAAGGUUGAAUGAAAAAUAAAGGUUCCCACCAGUUUUAAAUCA